CAAUCCCAAUACUGGCAAAGGACAGGAACGGCUCUGCUUGGGCGUUGAAGAGAGGAGCGUGGAGAUUUUCCCCACGACGCUUUAACGGAACGCUGGAGACAGCACCGGCGGGCUGGGAAUGAGGUGCAGACCCAGGGCCCUGGGUGUGAUCCUUGGAGGCGGCUCGGUCCAGAACCGUAGAGGCCAUGUCGCCACGGCUGAUCAUCCCAUAAUGCAGGCAGUGUAGCGUAGCGUACCGAGGACGCAGAUGCGAGGUCUGGGAUGCGAAGGAUGCGAUUACUGGGUGCCAAGUGGCCGACCGGGGGCAGCCAACAAUCCGACAGCAGUCAUCCAUUUCGCACCAGUCAUUUCACACCAGACAGGCGAUGCGCAGCGGCAGUGCAGCCGUAAAACAAGGUGUGCGGUGCUUCGGGCCGGGAUUCCUUUGGCUCGGCGGCGCGACCGGGACGAGCGAGAGCCGCACAUCCGCUAUCCCCAGGUCGAGCCAUGGAUGGAGAUGGAGUCGGCGACCAUGAUAAACGGCUUCGGCCCCACGUUCCUGGGAGAUAGAUCAACAACUGAUAACAAUUAUGCGUAUACGAAUGAUGCUGCUCUUCCCCUCGGCAGUAUCCAGCAUGGCUUGACAGAAACCGGGCGUUUGUCCCGGCUAGAGCUGAUGGCCGAGAUCUUUGUCGGGCCGCGCGGAUUGUUGGUGUAACUCUGGACGAAACAGACUCACGCCAAGGUUUUGGUGUUGGAGCUUUGAAGGUCCCGGGUAGGCGGGCAAUCUUUGU